GUUUUUCAUAGUUUGCGGCGCGGUCACACUGUUGUGCACAUUUUUUGUUUGUUCGCGUUGCAUUUGUUUGCACUUUUUUUUGGAAAUAAGAGAGUGCGUGUUCCGUUUUGUGUUUUGCGUCUUUGUGGCACCCAGCAGCAGCAACAACAACAACAGCAACAGGAGCGAGAGAGCGAGGAGAGCAGAGUUGCCUGGAAUUUCGUGAUUUUACAUUUGUUUUACCGUUUCGCAUUGCAUGGCAUCCGCCAUUAUUCGCAAAGAUGGCGAUCUUUUUCGGGGUCUAUAUCCCAACCUCGAAGGCGGGCUCCAUUGAGGGCCUGGCGUCCCACUGUGCUGGCUCCAUAGCGGCGGUCAACAAUCCUCCGGCGUCGUCGUCAUCCGGAUCUUCAUCAUCAUCGCCGCCCGGUUCCGCGGAGGACAGCAAUGCCGCCAAAUACGAGGAUCCCGACUAUCCACCCGAUUCGCCACUGUGGCUGAUCUUCACCGAGAAAUCCAAGGCGCUGGACGUCCUGCGGCACUACAAGGAGGCCCGCCUCCGCGAAUUUCCCAAUCUGGAGCAGGCCGAGAGCUACGUUCAGUUCGGUUUCGAGAGCAUCGAGGCGCUCAAAAGAUUCGGCAAGGCCAAAUCCGAAAGCAAGCCCAUUCCUUUAAGCGGCGGCAGUGGCAGCGGCUAUAAGAGCUCCACGGACAGUUCGUAUUCCUCCUCGCCGACGGGUAGCGGCAGUUCCUCAAUGGGCAGCCUACUGCAGCUCAGCAGCUCGCCCACUUCAUCGCCAAGCAGCCUCAGCAGCAGCAGCAUCAUUGUUAAUGGCCGCCAGCAUGUUCAGCAGCCACAACAACAGCAGCAGCAGCAGCAGGAAUUAUCCGGCGAGCGUCCUCCCUUCUGGGCGCCCACCAAACAGGAGCUGGUCGAGUUUCGCAAGCAAAUCGAAGCCGGCAAUAGGGAACGGGUCAAGCGGAUCAUUUGGGACAAUCCCAGAUUUCUAAUAAGCAGCGGCGACAAGCCCACCAGCUUGAAGGAGGGCUGUCGCUACAAUGCCAUGCACAUUUGCGCCCAGCACAACAAGGCCAGCAUUGCCAAGCUGCUCAUAGCGACCAUGUCGGAUCGCGAGUUUGCCCAGCUGUAUGUGGGCAAGAAGGGCAGCUCGAAGAUGUGCUCGGAGCUCAAUCAGAGUCUGGUCGACUAUUACCUCAAUAUGCCGGAUAAGGCGCGUGGCGAGACGCCGCUGCACUUUGCCGCCAAGAUGGGACAUGUGGCGAUGGUCGAGCUGCUCAUUAUGUAUCCGGAAUGCAAGUCACUGAGGAAUACGGAGGGCAAGGAGCCGAAGGAAAUCAUCUGCCUGCGUAAUGGGCAAGCGAGUCCUGUGACUAUCGCCAAGCUGCAGCUGCUCCUGCAUGAUCCGCACUUUGUGCCCGUCAUGAGAUCUUCAUCCAAUGUGCUGCCCCCGAAAGUGGGUCAACCGUUCUCGCCCAAAGAUCCGCCGAACCUGCAACACAAGACGGACGAGUGCGAGGGACUCAGCGUGGACCUGACGAUCAGUGCGCUGGCGGGGCCCAUGUCCCGCGAAAAGGCCAUGAACUUCUACCGCCGCUGGAAGACACCGCCGAGGGUCAACAGCAAUGUGAUGUCGCCGCUGGCCAACUCCCCAUUUAGCUCGCCUGUGAAGGUGACGCCGAGUAGCCACUCGAGUCCUGUCCACGCGGCGGGACGCAGGGUGCUCUUUAGUCCGCUGGCGACGGCCACCAGCUCACCGAAACGUUCCUCGCAUCCAGUGACCAAUGGAGGCAACGACGAGUGCAACAACAACAAUGAUAAUGUCAAGCCAGCUGCUGCUGCUACUGCUGGGUAUCCGCUGGAAUUCCCGGCCACACCCAUACGCCAAAUGAGACCGGAUCUUUUUAUGGCCUAUCGCAACACUAGCAUCGGCUCGAUGGCCGAUGAAUCAAUAGUCCUGGACACGAGUAUUAGCAUGAAUACGUCGCUGAACGAUAGCUUCCGCGAGAGGCACAUCAAGAACACGGAUAUCGAGAAGGGUCUGGAGGUGGUGGGACGUCAGUUGGCACGCCAGGAGCAGCUGGAUUGGCGCGAAUACUGGGACUUUCUCGACUCGUUCGUCGAUAUUUGUAUGCCCGAUGGACUGGAUCGCCUGGAGGCAUAUUUUGUGGAGAAGUCCGAACAGCGGGCAGAGAAAUUGGAGACGGUGUGGAAUUUUUCCCAUCUGCAUCAGUAUUUGGAUUUGAUGUCGGGCGAUCAGCAGCUGCGCAAGGACAGAAGUGCCUCAGCUGCCGCAGCGGCAUCAUCUACGCCAACCGCCGGGGUCAUGACCCCGUACACAUGCGUCGAGAAAUCACUGCAGGUGUUCGCCAAGCGCAUCACCAAAACGAUGAUCAACAAAAUCGGCAACAUGGUGUCCAUCAAUGACACGCUGCUCUGCGAGCUCAAAAGACUGAAAUCGCUGAUUGUCAGCUUCAAGGACGAUGUACGCUUCCUGAGCGUCGACUUUAGCAAGGUGCAUUCGCGCAUUGCCCAUUUGGUGGCCAGCUAUGUGACCCAUUCGCAGGAGGUUAGCGUGGCGAUGCGUCUGCAGUUGCUCCAAAUGCUACGCUCGUUGCGCCAACUGCUGGGCGACGAGGGCGGCCGGGAGCAGCAGUUGGGCUGCGUAUGCGGCAGCCUGCUUGUGAUGCUGGAGCAAGCGCCAACCACCGCCGUCCACCUGCCCGAUACGCUGAAGACCGAGGAGCUGUGCUCGGCCGCCUGGGAGACGGAGCAGGGAUGCGCCUGCCUGUGGGACGCCAAUCUCAGCCGGAAGACCAGUCGGCGCAAGCGCACCAAGUCGCUGCUGGCGGCAGCCGCCGCUAGGACUCAGGAGCUGCAGGAUACAGCGGCGGCAUCGGCAUCCACUGGAACCACCGCUCCUCUGCACGUUUCGCUGAGUUUGGGUGCCAGCAGCUUUGGAGCGCCGAGGGCGGCAGUUGUGGCGCAACAAAGCGACGACGAAGACGAGGACAGCGACAAUGAUGUUCCAUUUUUUGAUUGUUCUACGAAAUAUGGUAGCAGCAGCGAGGAUGAGGAGAACUUCCGUACGCCACCGGAGAGCAUGUCGCCACGCAUGUCCGUGGAUCUGGAGCCGCGCUACGAUUUGUUCAUAUUCGGAAACGAGCCAACCAAGCGGGAUUUGGAUGUGCUGAAUGCCCUUUCCAAUGUGGACGUUGACAAGGAGACACUGCCGCAUGUCCAUGCCUGGAAGACUGCCAUGGAGAGCUUCUCCAGAGCUGAAAUGAAUCUCUUUCCAUCGCCGAAGAACGUGAAGGUACAAAAGCCGGACCCCUGGUCACCGGGAACAAGUGCUAGCCACAACAGCCAGCCAUCGCUGCAUUCCAAGCGGCUCCUGGCGGCACCCAAACUGAAUGCUGUGGCCGCCGUCGUAGCCGGAAGACGUGGCUCCGGCCCAGGACCGUCGACGCCGCCAAUGCUGCCUCGCCUGCCGCGCACUCCGUCUGCCGCCAGUAUUCAAGUUGUUCACCCAACGAUCGCCGUGAAUGGCGGCGGGUCCGUGGAAGCAGCUUCCCCUGCUGCUCCCCCGGCGGCGGCGACGCGCCCGUGGAUAUUUAAGACGCCACUGAACAAGGUUCGCGGAUUGUUCAGCCAAUAUCGCGAGGUGGCCGUUGAGGAUGAGCACACGCCGAUCGGCGGUAGAAUCGCCAAUUGAAACCACAACCAUUUUUUUUUUAUAACAUAAAAGCAGUGAAAUAAAAGAAUGAAAUUAACAUUUUGAAUUAUAAGCAUAAUUUAAUG